GAAAUGAAGCUGAUAAACUUCCAUUGCAGUGCAGUGUAGCCGUAGCCUAUCAUGUCUCUUCCACUGUCAAAUUUUCCGGUGACGACGGCCGUCACCGCUCUCCGUCCGGCACGAUACCUUCCCACCACCAUUAUCCACCGCUUGCCACCACUCACCACCUUCAAUUCCCCCAAAACCUUAUUUUCUCCAUCUCAUAUUAGAACCGCAACCGCCGCCGCUUCUACAAUCGAAAUUGAACCGUUGGAUACCGUGGUCUCCGACUCAUUACCGCUCAAGAAGGUAUUGAUUCCAAUUGGGUUGGGUACAGAAGAUAUGGAAGCUGUUAUAAUGGUGAAUGUGCUGCGCCAAGCUGGCGCUGAUGUGGCUGUUGCGUCAGUGGAGCCUGAUCUAGAAGUUAAACUUUCUGGUGGUACAAUACUCGUUGCUGAUACAUCCAUUUCUGAAUGUUCAGAUCAAAUAUUUGAUCUGGUUGCUCUUCCUGGAGGCAUGCCGGGUUCGGUGCGUUUGAGAGAUUGUAAAACACUAGAAGCAAUUACAAAGAAGCAAGCCGAGGAGAAACGGUUAUACGGUGCUAUUUGUGCUGCUCCAGCUGUCACACUUUUGCCUUGGGGUCUUCUCAAGAGAAAAAAGACAACUUGUCAUCCAGCAUUUUUCGACAAGCUUCCGACUUUUCGGGCCAUUAAAACAAAUCUUCAAGUUUCCGAAGAAUUGACAACAAGUCGUGGCCCUGGUACAUGCUUUCAGUUUUCUGUAUCACUAGUCGAACAACUUUUUGGGGAGUCUUCUUCCACGGAGAUGAGCAAAUUUCUGCUAAUGGAUACCACUGAUGAGGUUUCUCGGAUAGAAGAGUUCAAUAAAGUUGAGUGGGCUGUUGAUCAUACGCCUCGUGUUCUCAUUCCAGUUGCAAAUGGAUAUGAAGAUAUUGAAGUGGUUACGGUUGUGGACAUUCUACGACGGGCUAAGCUAGAUGUUACGGUUGCUUCAGUUGAAAAAACUUUGUCGGUUGUCGGGUCCCAAGGAAUUAAAAUGGUUGCAGACGAGUUACUUAAGAAUGCUGCUGAAUCAAUAUUUGACUUAAUUAUCCUACCCGGAGGAGUUUCUUGUGUCGAGCGAUUACAAAAAUCCAGAAUUUUGAAGAAGUUGCUUAAAGAGCAAGUUUCUAGUGGACGGAAGUACGGGGCGAUUUGCUCUUCACCUUCAAUUCUUCAUAAACAAGGCCUGCUCAAAAACAAGAAAGCAACAGCUCAUCCCUCUGUGGUGAGCAUGCUUGAUAGCAACACCAUAGUCGGUUCACAAGUUGUGGUUGACGGUACACUAAUCACAUGUCGCGGUCUCUCAAGUGCCCCGGAAUUUGCGUUGGCUAUCAUCGCAAAGUUUUGUGGGCACGGUCGAGCAAAAAGUGUAGCAACUGGGCUCGUUUUUGAAUACCGAGCAAGCUAACUAAGUAGGAAAGCAAAAGUUGAUUAAAUCUAUUACCAUUUGGUGGGUGGUUUUAUAAUCUAUACAGCCACAAACCCAUGCUGAUUGCAAGGGUUAUCGGUUAGUUUCAAGAAUCAAUUCCACAAGAAAGGUUCAUUGUGGCUGAUCAUGUCAUGAUUCAACUUAUUAUAUGUAUUUGGCAUGUUGCCACUUGUAUAAUUUGGAGGUCUAGAAUGAAUUUGAAAAAAAAGUAUUUUAUAAUUAAUUUAUUGGUAUGUAUUUUCUUUUGCAGUUGUAAUUACAAUGUAUAAAUUUUUAUUAUGGUUUAAUAUGUUAAUAUUCUAAUG